UUAUUUUUGCCUUAUUUACUACAUGAAUCAAUGUUCCUUGUAAUGUUCUUCAACGACAGUUGGUAUAAGUGUUCUUAUGUUGCCUGUUCUUAUUUUGUUGUUUUUUAACAUUAACCUCCACCAGAAUUUAACCUUGUCAUCAUGUUUGCAGAAGCCGAUGGAAGACAGAGCCGUUGGAGCUAGCAGAGGUAGGCCCGCUGAUCGAAGGAAGCCGUCCCGGUGAUCCUUCCAGGAGGAUACUCCUCGACAUCGGAAGCCAGCCCACCAGUUACCUCGCCAGUACCAACACCAUAGUGCCACAGAGUGCGUUAUUAAUAGAAGCGCGUGCUCGGGUGAGGUCACUGGAACCCAUUGAGUCCCUGGACAAGGGCGCAAUAGCUGAGGACCAAGGUCCGUGA